AUGUUCCCCGGGCGGAGCUGGGCGCUGCUGUGGGCACUGCUGGGGCUGGCCGUGCCCGGGGGUUGCCUGCCCCGCGGGGGGCUGCUCUUCCCCUUCGGCGCGGAGCGGGGUGACGCGGAGCUGGAGCCCGGGGACGACGUGAGCUCCCCGCCCCUGGAGCUCAGCGCCCCGCUGCGCUUCUACGGCUCCAGCAUCGGCUCCCUCUACGUGGCCACUAAUGGGAUCAUUGCAGUGAAUGAACCAUCAAAAGAAGAAGAAUACCUUGGUCAAUUCCCACUCAGUUUUGGAGCUAUUGCUCCAUUUUUGGCUGAUCUGGACACUACAGAUGGACGUGGGAAGGUGUUUUAUAGAGAAGAUUCAUCCCCUGACAUCUUACAGCUUGCUGCAGACCAUAUCCAACGAGGUUUCCCUGAGGCCAUUUUUGACCCAAGCAGUGUUGUCAUUGUUACCUGGACAUCUGUGGCUCCUUACCAUGUACCUGGAGAAGACCCCACUCUGGAAGGCAAGAGAAACACAUUCCAGGCUGUUUUAGCGUCUUCUGAUUCCAGUUCCUAUGCUGUUUUCCUUUAUCCAGAAGAUGGUUUGCAGUUCUACAGUGCACACUCCAAGAAUGCUGAGGAAAACAUUCCUGCUACAGUUGGCUUUAGUCAAGCCGCUACAAACUACUACUUGUGGAUAAAACCAGGAUCCUACAAUACAGUUGCUAAUGAUGAAGAGUCCAUCAGAAACCUGCAGGAGAGCAGCAAUUCUGGAAGGAAAGGAAUCUGGGUUUUUGAGAUUGGUAGCUCAUCUAAUAGCAUUGUGCCUGCCAAAAUCAGCAACAGUCCAGAAUUUGGUGGUGAUGAAGAGUAUCAGGACGUGACCUCAAAACCAGCUGUAUUGCACCAUGACUUGGUUGAAAUAAGCCCAGAGCAGGUACCAUAUGAUGUUCCCAGCAGAAGAGGGGAUCAACAACAUAUUACAUAUAGAAUUCCUCAGUCAGCUUCAGAAGAUGACUUACAGCCACCACACAAAACUAUAACAAUAGAGACACCUCCAAGAGAAUCCUCUUUCAAUCAACAGCCAGAACUCUCGACUGGGAAAACGCCACCUCAGUUUCAGGUCCAGCGAUUGCCUCAGCAGUAUUCUCAGGUUAUAGACGUGGAAGAUAUUGAAGAUAUUGAGGAAACUGGGAUUGUGUUCCGUUACCAUACAGAUGUCCAACAGACCUGUGCUAACAACCGUCAUCAGUGUUCCAUUCAUGCUGUUUGCAGAGACUAUCCCAAUGGGUAUUGUUGCAGUUGUAUUGCUGGUUACAAAGGAAAUGGCAGGCAAUGUGUAGCAGAAGGUUCUCCUCAGCGAGUGAAUGGGAAAGUGAAAGGGAAAAUCUUUGUAGGAAGUAACCCAGUUCCAGUUGUAUUUGAGAACACUGACCUCCAUUCUUAUGUAGUGAUGAACCAUGGGCGAGCAUAUACUGCUAUCAGCACUAUUCCAGUGCUGGGGUAUUCUCUGCUUCCUCUUGCUUCUGUUGGAGGUAUCAUAGGAUGGAUGUUUGCUGUGGAGCAGCAAGGAUAUAGAAAUGGAUUCAGUAUUACAGGUGGUGAGUUUACGCGGCAAGCUGAAGUUACCUUCCUUGGCAGUAAUGAGAAACUGGUUAUCACAAAAUUCAGUGGAAUCGAUGAACAUGGUCAUCUUACAAUCAGCACAGAAAUGGAGGGCAAAGUACCCGAGAUCCCAUUUGGUGCAUCAGUCCACAUAGAACCAUACAAUGAGCUCUAUCACUCUUCUCGUUCUGUGAUCACAUCAUCUUCUACCAGGGAGUACACAGUGACAGAACCAGAACGAGAUGGGAUUGCUCCCUCCUACACUGUAGCCUACCAGUGGCGACAGACCAUCUCAUUCGACGAAUGCAUUCAUGAUGACUCACAUCAUGCUUCUGCCACACAGCAGCUUUCAGUAGACAGUGUCUUUGUCCUGUAUAAUAGGGACGAACAAAUUCUGCGAUAUGCUAUGAGCAACUCAAUUGGCCCAGUCAGUGAUGGUUCUGCUGAUAUCAGCCGGAAUCCUUGCUACACUGGUUCCCAUGGUUGUGACACCAAUGCAGUAUGUCGUCCAGGAACAGGAAAUCAGUUCUCCUGUGAAUGCUCUGUAGGCUUCCGUGGAGAUGGACGUGUUUGUUACGAUGUUGAUGAGUGCUCAGAGCAACCGACUGUGUGUGGCACCAAUGCAGUCUGUAAUAACCAGCCAGGAACUUUCCGAUGUGAGUGUGUUGAUGGCUAUCAGUUUUCAGAUGAUGGACGGACUUGUGUGGCUGUUGAACAUGUUAUAAACCAUUGUGCAAUGGGCACACACAAUUGUGAUAUUCCUCAGCGUGCCCAAUGUGUAUAUGUUGACAGCUCUUCUUACAUCUGCACAUGUCUAGAUGGCUUCUCUGGAGAUGGACACUCCUGUGUAGAUGUAGAUGAAUGUCGUCAGAACCGCUGUCAUCCAGAUGCUUUCUGCUACAACACUCCUGGGUCUUUCAGUUGCCACUGUAAGGCAGGUUAUCGUGGGGAUGGUUUCCAGUGUGUGUUAGGAGAACUGGAGAAAACUAAAUGUCAGCGUGAACAAGAACAAGCUUUGGCUAGUGGGGGUUCUUCCUACUCACAAAGGCCUAGACCCAUUGGUCAGUUUGUUCCUCAGUGUGAUGAGCAUGGGAAUUAUCAACCAACUCAAUGCCAUUCUAGCACUGGCUAUUGUUGGUGUGUGGAUAGGGAUGGUAAUGAGAUCGAUGGCACCAGAACUGGACCAGGAAUCCGACCCCCAUGUCUGAGCACAGCUGCUCCUCCUGUUGUUAUUGGGCCCUCUGUUCGACCAGAUUCAAUUCCUCUGCCCCCAGGAACACACUUACUCUUUGCCCAAAGUGGGAAGAUUGAACAUGUCCCACUGGUGGAAAAUAGUAUGAAGAAAACUGAUGCAAAAGCUUUACUGCAUGUUCCAGACAGAGUUGUUAUUGGAGUUGCGUAUGACUGCAUGGACAAGAUGGUUUACUGGACAGAGAUCAGUGGCCCCUCCAUCAGUAGAGCCAGUUUGCAUGGUGGGGAGCCAGCAACCAUCAUCAAAACAGACUUGGGAAGUCCUGAAGGAAUAGCAAUAGAUCAUCUCGGUCGCAAUGUUUUCUGGACAGACUCUCACCUCGAUAGAAUAGAAGUGGCCAGGCUGGAUGGUAGCCAGCGCCGAGUACUGUUUAAUACUGGUCUGGUGAACCCCAGAGCCAUAGUAACAGAUUCUGUGAGAGGAAAUCUUUACUGGACUGACUGGAACAGAGAUGCUCCUAAAAUUGAAACUUCAUACAUGGAUGGCACAAACAGAAGGGUUCUUGUUAAAGAUGAUCUGGGAUUACCAAAUGGUCUGACAUUUGACACUUACUCCUCAAUGCUGUGCUGGGUUGAUGCAGGCACCAAAAGGGUGGAAUGUAUGAACCCCAGUCAGCUUGGUCGACGAAAGAUCCUUGAAGGAGUCCAGUAUCCUUUUAGUAUUACAAGCUAUGGGAAGAAUUUAUAUUACACAGACUGGAGGAGGGAUGCUGUUAUAGCUGUGGAUCGCACAAUUUCAAAAGAGAACGAUAACUUCCAGCCCCACAAACGUGCCCGUCUUUAUGGGAUAACUACAGCCUUUGCUCAGUGCCCACAAGGGCAUAACUAUUGCACAGUGAAUAACGGAGGCUGUACUCAUUUAUGCCUGGCUACCCCAGGAGGCCGCUCUUGCCGCUGCCCUGACAGUACCGUUGGAGUGGAUUGUAUAGAAAGAAACUGAGAGCCAAACGAGGAUAUGUGUUAGAACAGAGUCUCCCUUUGGAAAAGUACUGUAAAUAGUUCACAGCUAUCAGCAUAAAAUGAAGACAGUAAAGAUAAGCUCUAUGCUGCUUACAGGGGGCAAGCCACAACACAUACACCAUAGCACAGCAUGGUGGCAUUCAGGUAAGUCUGUGCUGCCCAGGGAGGGUCCCACUCCUGCAGCAUCACCUUCUUGCCUUUAAAGAGGAGCUUGGGGGCUCAUUUGCUUCUGUGCUGGGCUCUGAACCUCCCAGUGAAAUUAUUGUACACUGUGUUUUAUGCGAUGUCUCAAAUCCUGAGGUGGACAAGAGAUUGGAAUUUUGAGCACCACUGAUUGUGCUGUGCAUCGGAGCACACAACAAUUCAGCCACAGAAUGGAAUGCUGUAGCCCAGCAUAGGUGCAGCUGGGUCGCAAAUUCAGCUUAGUUAGGCAGGAAGCCUGGGGUCCAAAGGAUGGUCAGUGAGUGCGUGAGCACAUCCUUUGGCAACAUGAACUCCACAAUGUGUGCGCGCGCGCGCGCACACACACACACACACACACACACACAGAGUUGCCAAAGCCUUUAUACGUUAAAGCUACUCUCUCAAACCUUUGCCUUUUGGCUAUUGAUAAUGUUAGAGGAAGUUAACCAAUAUGCUUUAGCACAGGGAUAGCUCCGGUACUGGUUCAUGUUACCUCUUCAUACUGUGUGCAAUCAUCUUAAUACCAGCAGUGCUUUAGUGGAUAUUGUGAAAUUUUCCGUGGAUUUUCCCAAAAAAGUUUUUUUUUUUCUGUUUUGCUAGUGGACACUUAUUGAAUAGCUUUUUGGAUAUCUCCAAAGUUGAGACUUGGGAUACAAAUCCCAAUUACUCAUCAAAGAAUGGCGAUUGAUUGGUGUUGUGUUUUUAAAGGGACACUGUCAAGUAUUUUUUAAAAUAGUGUUUACAUUUCCUAUUUUUGUGAUACUAUUUUAUAAGCUUAAAAAUGACACUUCAAUUUUGCCCUACCAAUUUUUUUUUCUUUGCGGCAAACCUAGAUAUUUUAUUUUCUUACAGACCAUGAACAACCAUAAUAGUUGAAUAUUUGUUAGGCAACACUUCUGACAAUCUCACAGGGCUUUAAAAAAAACAAAAAAACCCAUGUUCAUGUGUCACUUUUACAGUAAGGGCAAAACAUCUGUGCUGGAAAUCAAUGUGAAGAUGGAGCGUGUCUCCACUGACAGCAAUGUUUGCAGAGCAGUUAGGAAAAUCCAGCACAGACUUCAUAAGAGAUUACACAUUGUAAUGAUAAAACACUUCAAUAAGCCUUGCUUCAGCAGACCAUUUCUGGGAACAGGAUUUAACUUUUGCUCCUGCUGCUGCAGGCAGGGUAGCUUAUCUGCAGUAGAAGAACCAAAUGUGAUUGUGAGAGUCAUGUAUCUAAAUAGCUGUCUUUAUAAUCUCUUGGUUACAGUGAUAAAUUACAAUAAAAAACCCCAGGCUAUAGUUAAAAAAAAAACAAAAAAC